AUGGCAGUACCUGCAGACCUCCCAAAGAUGGAGUAUCGCUUCCUAGGCCGCUCCGGGCUCCAAGUGUCUGCCAUUUCGCUCGGAGGAUGGCUCACGUACGGCGGCCAUGUUGAGAAUGAGAAUACAUUCGCCUGCAUGAAGGCCGCUUAUGAUGUUGGGGUAAAUUUCUUCGAUUGCGCGGAGGGGUAUUCUGGCGGAGAGUCUGAGCGAGUUAUGGGCCAGGCAAUCAAGAAGUUUGGUUGGAAGCGGUGUGAUUUGGUUGUUUCGACAAAAAUUUACUGGGGACGAGCAAAUGGCGAGACCGCAAUCAACAACACUGGAUUAUCCCGAAAGCACAUUAUUGAGGGGGUGAAUGCAUCACUAGAGCGUUUAGAAUUGGAUUACGUUGAUUUGAUAUACGCACAUCGACCCGACAGGAACACGCCCAUGGAAGAAACAGUGCGAGCGUUCAACCACAUUAUCAACACUGGAAAGGCUUUCUAUUGGGGCACAUCGGAGUGGGAUGCAGAUGAGAUUGCACAAGCCUGGCGAGUCGCCGAUAGACUUGGCCUCAUCGGCCCGCUCAUGGAGCAGCCUGCGUAUAACAUGGUUGUCAGAGAAAAGGUCGAGAAGGAAUUCCAGCAUCUUUACGAGGAUGUGGGAUUAGGCCUUACCACCUUUAGCCCGUUGAAGAUUGGCAUCCUGACUGGGAAAUAUAAUGAUGGGAUCCCGAAGGAUUCCAGAUUGGGAUCUAGUGAUGAUGCGUUUGUCAAGAUGAUGAAUAAAAGGGUUGGCGAUGAGACUUGGAAGAGGGACAUUGAGACUGUUCGCAAGCUAAAGCCUGUUGCCGACAAGCUCGAGAUUUCGCAAGCUAAUCUGGCUAUGGCUUGGGUGUUGAGGAAUAAGAAUGUUAGCUCGGCGAUUACGGGGGCUAGUCGACCGGAGCAGGUCUAUGAGAGCGUCAAGGCUUUGGCUGUUGUGGAGAAGUUGACGCCGGAUAUUAUCAAGGAGAUAGACGACAUCUUGGGAAACAAGCCUGCUGCCAUGGUGAGAAGAUUUUAA